CUGCAGGAGUGGUGCGUCAGAUGAGUGGUGAGCACUUAUUUGACUAUCAUUGUAUGAAAAAAUAGCACCACGGGAGACUUUCUAAGGAGUUAUUCAAAGGAGAUUUUGAAGGAGAGCUGUUUCAUUUCAAUAAAAUGGAUCUCUGGACUGUGUUUUUCUGCUUUCUGCUCGUCACUGUGCGCUCAGAAGUGCAGAGAGAUUUUUCCCCUGAAUGCCGUGAAUUCAUGUAUAUGGGCACACCCCCGCGGGGUCUGGAGAACCGCUCACUGAAAAAGAUCUGCCAGCGUUAUAACGGCAAGCCCCGGUAUGUCACUCUGUAUGAUGUGGUGGAUCACAUCCCGGUGUAUUCUGCCUACACUUUCAAACGCUCCGACGGCGUCAAGAAGGUUGAUGUUCCUUGGAUGUUCGAGCCUCAGCUCUCCACAGAAACAGACUCUGGCGAGAUGCAGCCAUUUCCUUCCAAUGAUGUCCACGAAAGUUUUGCAGAAGCCCAGGCCGUCUUGGAAGACUACUCAAACAUUGUUGAUUUCGAACGAGGCCAUCUGAACCCCGACGAGCACCAGGCUCACCCCGAUGACAAGGCAGCCACGUACACCCUCACCAAUGUGGUCCCACAGAUCCGCGAGUUCAACGUGGGCUACUGGAAACAACACGAGCACAUCAUCCGCCGUCGACUCAACAACUACUGCCGCGGUAAGGCCUACAUAGUCACGGGGGUCACCACAUCUGGUAGGAUGAUCCGUAGAAACAACAUCGACCGAGUGGCCGUUCCCACCUACCUGUGGUCGGCAUACUGCUGCGUAGAUUACGAUCACAAUGCCCCGUUCGACGAGCGAUCCAAAUUCCCUGUCUUUGCAGCUCAUGGGCUCAACGAGAAAGAAGGAGCAGAGGUCAUAGAGAUGUCUGUGCAGCAACUGGAAGAUUUUUUGAGGAAGAACACCUUUGUGGACAAGAGGUUUCAGAUUUUCUUUGGGAACUGUGAGCCUAAUGAUGCCAUAAUGUCAGUCAAGACUUAGACGUCUUCAUCCUGUUUCUCUAAAACUCAUAAAAGAAUAUCUUUCACUGAUCAGAAUUGUGUUCUGUAGAAUGAAUAUUCUGGCAUACACUCUUUAUUUUAUAACCUAAUGACACAGAAAAGGCCAUUUUAGAUUUCCACUGAAAACAUUGUUUAGUUCUUUACAAAACAUUUUUUUUGCAUCUACACUUCCGUUCAAAAAGUUUGGGGUCAGUGAGAUUUUUGAAAGAGGUCUAUCAUUGUUCACCAAGGCUGCAUUCAUUUGAUGAAAGAUAAAACAGAAAUACUGUGAAAUAUUAUUACAACUGAAAAUAUCUGAUUUCUAUUUUAAUAUAUUAUAAAACUGAAUUUGUCCAGUGAUAGCAAAGCUGAAUUUUCAUUAGCUGUCUUCAGUGUCACAUGAUCCUUUAGAAUAGGCUGAUUUGCCACUUAAGAAACAUUUCUUAUUAUUAUCAGUGUUGAAAACACAUUAUAAAUGUCUUUUCUGUCACUUUUGAUCAAUUUAAUGCAUCCUUGCGGAAUAAAAUACACAUUAAAAACUAACUAACUAAAUAAAUGAAUAACGGACCCCAGACUUUUGAUUAGUAGUGUCUGUGCUUAAAAAACCUAGAAAUCAGUUGAAGAACAUGAUAAUCAGACCCUGAAGAAUAUUCCCUAAAAUGCAUUUUUGUGUAUGAUUAUGGGCAAAAAACAUAUAAUACUAUUUACUUUUCAUCCUUUUUCUUUUCCUUUGUUUUUAUUUGAACAGUAAAAAUCUGAAUCCAUUUCCUUUAGCUUUGAAUAGUAGAAUGAAGAUCCAAUUUCAGUUUCAGAAAUAUUUUCUAAUAUCUUCUAAUUAAGUAUAUAUAUAUAUAUAUAUAUAUAUAUAUAUAUAUAUAUAUAUAUAUAUAUAUAUGAGAGGACUUUAAAGAGUGAUGAAAUGAGAGAGAUUUACUGAUUAUAAUCAUCUGGGGCCUUAGAUGGUUUUAUUAUGUCCAUUAACUUCUUUAUAAAACUGCAACAACUAAAUCUUUUCUCACUUUGUAAGCAUGUUUACUGCAAUUAAUCUGAAUGCUGUAACUCUUCUAAAAUAAAA